AUGGUGGUGACGAAACCCAAACGGCCGAAUAUGCGCCGUUCACGGACGGUUGUGCCACGGCGGAAGUUCGACGAGCAGAAGAGAAGUGCGCCCGUCGACGAGAAGCCCACGAUUCUGCGGCACUCGGCCAGUGUGGAUGAGGUAAACAGGAGGAUCUUGACUUGUUUUAUGACAUUUAUGACAUAGAAGAUUCACGUACCUUCGGUCAGAUACGGACAUUCCGGUCUGUCGGGAAAAUAAUGUGGAUUUGUCGCGCCUUUGAGAUCACACAUCCUCGCCUUGCAACGGCUGGGAUUUGAGAUAUAUUAUUUUCCCGACACAAUAAUUUUAGAGCUCUUCAGUUUGUCGGGAAAAUAAUGAGCACUCUGUGGCAUCGAAAGUUGCAUCGUCGCUGAGAAAAUGAAAUGUGUCGUGGCAAAAUUAAAUUUUAUUUCCGUUCAGCGACGCGAUUGACGCAGCGACAUUACACACAUUAUUUUCCCGACAAGCUAAAAAGGUCUAAAAUAUCAGUCUGUCGGGAAAAUAAUGUGGAUUAUCGCGGCUUCAAAUCGCUCGCUUUGAAACGGCUGGGAAUUUGGUGUGCGGCUGCGAGAGGCGACAAAUCCUGGGAAGAAUCAACAUUAUUUUCCCGACAGGCUCAAAAACUCAAAAAAAUCGGUCUGUCGGGAAAAUAGUGUGGAUUAUAGCUUCUUGAAAUGCUCAUCCUCGCUUUGCAACGGCUUGACGUGGCUAAGGAAGGAAAAAAAACCUGCGAAAGAGCCAGAAAUUUUGCUGCGACAAAUCCACAUUAUUUUCCCGACAGACUGAUAUAUUAUAAGUUGCAAGUAUUAGUAGGCGAGCCCAAAAAAUCUUUGCAUCUUUGCACUGUACGCUAUAGCGCUGAAAACUUGUCUCAUGACGGCGAGUAAAAGAUUGUUUCUCUAAUGAUUUGGGUAUACAACGAUUUUUUAUCGAACAUAUACACAAUGUUUCUGACCAAAAAUAUCCGCAUGUAUAUCAGUAUCCAAAAAAAAGAAAACCACAGAUCCCCAUAGUAUUACGUAAAACGCCCCAAAUUUUCUCUAACCGAGAAUUUUCUCUAACACAAUCAAUAGCUUCUAAUUUCUCCUUCAGCUCUACCCCAUCUACCCGCGCCGACAGAAGCGACAGCGGGGAUUCGAAUUCGAACGGCUCAAAUGUCUCCGUGACCAUCAGCUCUUCGAAGACCCCGAAUUCCCACCCGAAGUGGCCAUCGAACACCAUCCCAAGACCGAAUGGAGACGACCGUUUGUAAGGCUUGAGGUUUUUUUUCGUUGAAACGAGAAGGGGAACGGACGACUUGGGUGGUCUUUGCACAAGCCUCUUUUCCGUCUCGACUCCACCUCAGUGGAAGGAUUGAAACAGUGUGCUCAGAUAGCCCAGCGGUUAGUGAGUCGGACUGGAAAUCCGACAAGCCAGGCGGAGGGUCGGGUUCGAACCCAGGUCACAUUUUUUUCAUUUUUUGUCCGUUAAAAGAGUGGUGCAAGAUGAGAAGGUCAACAGUUUUUUUGUAUGAGUCUGUCGGGAAAAUAAUGAGCAUUCUGUCGGAUCGAAAAUUACAUCAUCGCCAAGGAAAUGAAUUGUGUCGCGAUAAAAUCAAAUUGCUUUUCAAUAUGUGAUCGGCGCAACGAGAUUGUGCUCAUUAUUUUCCCGACAAACUAAAUCAAAAAACUUUCAACCUUCUCAUCUUACACCAGUUUUUCAAAACACAAAAAAUGAUCAGUGGUAGCGACACUUUUGAAAGUUUUGUCACACGAUCUUUCAAGCGGCAGGAUCCGUUUUUACGCAGCACUUGCUAAAAUUUAGAAACGAGAAAUCGCAAAGGUUACUUUAGUGUAUAAGUGCAGUGACGUAUCUUACCCAGUGGCAAAAAAAAGUACCAUUUUGCAUCCGGGAAGUAUCAAAAAAUGUGGCAAAAUGCCUCCAUCGCCAACUAGAAAAACUUUGUUUUUUUGAAGAGCGCGCAUAACAUAGCUCAUUGUACUGUCAUAAUCAUUCCGUCAUCAACAGAGCAGGCGCCCGUUUGAAAUCGGAAUUUCUUUGCUUGAAAAGUUAGUCAUUUUGCUACAUUUUUGAUACUUCCCGGGUGCAAAAUGAUACGUCUUUUGCCAUUGGAUCAGGUCCGCCACUGUAAUGUAAUACAGGGUGGGGCAUCUUUGUGGCCCGAUUUGAACUGGACACGCCGGGAAAGACCGAAAAAACAACCGAAAAACGACCGAAAUAAUGAACUCCAAGAAUAAAUCCAAUAACUGUAGAUGACACUUAACUAUGCAAACAUAUUUGGUAUCAAACAAAAUGGGGUUGUCUGAGGAUUCAGGGAAAAAAAGAAUUUUAGAAUUUGGCCAAAAACUAAAGAAGUUAUAGCCAAUUCAAAUCGGGCCACAAAGAUGCCCCACCCUGUACAUACUCUGCCUCAACCAGAAAACUAAGCCGUGAAUAAAUGAAUUAGCUCUCCGCAAAAUUACAGGCGAUUGUCAGCAAUCCCCGCUUCUUUACCGCGAACGUAUCGCGACACGACGUCCAACAGAUGGGCCUUGGUGACUGCUUCUUCCUAGCGCCGUUGAGCCUGAUUGCCGACCGGACCGAGCUGAUUCGACGGGUCGUUCCGGCGGGACAAAGCUUCAACAAGGAUUUUUAUGCGGGUUCGUUGGUUAAUUCAAGUUCGAAGACCUUGUUUUAGGUAUCUUCCACUUUUGUCUUUGGAAGUACGGGGAAUGGCUGGACAUUGUGAUCGACGACCGGCUUCCGGUCAACGUCAGAACGGGUCAACUGCGAUUCACGAGGGCUCGCUCCUACAAUGUGUUCUGGGUUUCGUUGCUGGAGAAGGCGUUUGCCAAGUAAGUCGGAAUGUCCGUCUGUCGGGAAAAUAAUGUGGACUGGUCGUAUCGAAAUGACUCGCCUUGUAGAAGGCGAGCACCAAAUCCCAGCGGCGGCUUGCCGUGGCAAAGCAAUGAUGGGUCAUUCCAAAUCGCGACAAAUCCACAUUAUUUUCCCGACAUGCAAGUAUGGCAGUCUGUCGGGAAAAUAACGUGGAUUUUUCGGCGUAAAAAUGCCCAAGUCCCUAGCCGUCGCAAAGCAAUGAUGAGCGAUUUCAAGGCGCAUCGAGUCCACAUUAUUUCCCCGACAGACUGACAAGAAAUUGAAAAAAUUGGAAAAUUUAGACUCUACGGCUCUUACACAAACAUCCAAGGUGGACAUGCGGCAUUCGCCAUGCAGAACUUGACGGGUGGCAUCAGUGUGUUCAACCUGUGGUCGAACCAUUCUCGUGGACAUCUGGAGAAGGUGUGGAAGAAGCUGGUCAUGGAGUUUCGACUGGGAGUUUUGUUCUGUCCGAAGAGCGCCUCAACCAAAUGGUGGUUGUCCAACGAAACCUCGAAAGUCUCGCCUGAGGACUUGGGAAUUCAGCCGGGUAAACGUGCUAAAGCAGUGACGGGCCUGAUACAGUGACAAAAAACGUACUAUUUUGCAUCUGGGAAGUAUGAAGAAAUGCAGCAAAAUGCUCACAAAAAGAGCGGGUUUGCUUUUGAAAGCGGAGUUUUUUGCACUUAGGUUUUUUGCUGCAUUUUUUGAUAGUUUCAGGAUGCAAAAUUGUACGUUUUUUUUGCCACUGGAUAAGGUCCCAAUGCAGCGACAUAGCGCUCAUUAUUUCCACAUCAGACUGAUAGCUACUUCCCCUGUAAAUAAUACAACCUAUUGCAGUUAUAUUUUAUUUAUUUUUAGGGCAUGCAUACGCCCUGACCGGAUUGAAGGAAGUCCGAACAGUCAACGGAACGGUACGGCUGCUCCGCGUCCGAAACCCGUGGGGUCGGUUGGAAUGGCAUGGCGAUUGGUCAAGGACGUCCAAGCUGUGGCAAACCGUCGUCGACCCUUUGGAGCGGCGAGAAAUGGUGGAUCUGCGGAUCAAUGGGGAGUUUUGGAUCAGUUUUGAGGACUUUACACGGUGCGUUUGAGCUUAGUUAGGGCCUUGACUAUUACCUAUUACCUAGCAGGUUUGUAAAGUCGCUGGCGCGAUUUUUGACAGGGCAUGCCGCUAACAGGCACACCAUCAGCCAUUUUGCGGGCAGCUAGAGGACACGGAGAUCUUGCAGGCGCUUAAACCAGGAAAUUCUAGCGCUGGUCUUGGAAGUUAGAUGUUGCAAGUGAAGUUUUUUCUCCAGCCAUCUAUUUGUGUAUAGAUGGCUUGAAUAGCAACCGCAAGGUUAACCAGGCAUUUUUAUAACGUCAGAACCCAUUUUUGAGAACCGACUUCCAUAACUUUGGGAGCCGUAACGCCCGCCAAAAAUCACAUAAACGACUUUGUGAAUGGAAUAAUAUCAGUCUGUCGGGAAAAUAAUGAGCACUCUGUCGCAUCCAAAACCACAUCGCCCGCGAGAAAAUGAAUUGUGUUGCGACAAAAUAAAAUUGCUUUUCACUUCAGCGACACGAUCGGCACAUUCCUUAUUAUUUUCCCGACAGACUAAUAUCUCGCAUUUCAGCUACUUCAAAAACGUCGACCGCUGCUAUCUCGGGCCGGAGGUCAUUGCCAAGUCGAACGAGAUGGGAGGGAAGAUCACAGCGUGUCAUUUCGACUACGUCUACGCGCACGGCGAAUGGAGCACCUACAAGAACACGAACGGCGGCGGAUUCCCGAAGGCGAUUCGCCGUGGGACCUUCUUUUUCAACCCCCAGUAUAUCGUGACGCUGAAGCCGAGGCCGGAUUCAAUGCCCGACAGCAAAGGCCGCGUGCUGGUCAUCUGGCAGAUUGUGCAGAAGUUUGCGCGGGAGCACAACUUGAAGCAGUUGUUCAGCAGCUGUGUUGUGUACAAACUGCCGAAUGAGCUGGCGAGUGCGACGAAACGACUGCCAAACCGGUUUUUUCAGCGGGUCCCGCCGAUGAACAACAUUGAAUAUAGCAUUUUGGUAAGGGUUUUUCGAAUUUUUUGAUUGGUUUUUAAUGGUAAUAUCAGUAUGUCGGGAAAAUAAUAAGCGCCCUGUAGCAUAAAGGACAUUGCCCCCAUUAUUUUCCCGACACACUGGAACCUGUUCAAUCCAAAAGUAACCUACAGUGGCGGACCUGAACUAGUGGUAAACAACCAUACCAUUUUGCAUCCGGGAACUAUCAAAAAAUGUGGCAAAAUACCUCCCUCUCCAAGUGAAAAAAAGCUCCGAUUUCAAAGGCGCGCCCGGCCUUUUUGUGAGGAAAAAGAGCGCGCUCUUCAAAACGGAGUUUUUUAAUUGGACUGGGGAGGCAUUUUACUACAUUUUUUUAUACUUCCCGGAUGCAAAAGGGUAUGUUUUUUGUCCCUGGAUUAGGUGCGCCACGAGACUUGUGUCGGAGUAACUUUUUACGUCCAAAAACGGGGCUGGCGGCAAUGUUUUGGCCAUAACUUUUUUCUCAGUUAGUCCAGGAAUACACUUAAUAAUAUAAAAUGAAGCUGGCAGAUUCUGCUAUCACUAUGACUAUUUUCAAGUCCUACCUGCAAAAACUCGUCUUUAAAAAUAGCUUUAAGACGCGAACUUUAAAUUUUAAAGAAAAUUUUCAAAAUUGUAGCUUACAGGGGUAGUACUCCAAGUGCGACGCUCAGAUUUUUUUAAAAUUUUGCACACACGUCGUUUAUGGACUAGAUAUCAAUUCCUGAAAGUUUUAGCUCGCGCUUUGCGGGCGCCGCCGAGAUAUCGAACGAUUUUUGCCGCCGAGAGAGCACGCUAAACGUGGAGAGCGGUCGCUUUUUGGCUAUAACUUUGGCAGUUUCGUGCGGAAAAUUUUGAAAUUUUGAUCAAAAAAAAAUAAUAAUCUUGUAUUUCUCACCAAAAAUUAUUCUAAAUUUGUGCCAAGUUUCAUACGAAUCUGAGCGUCGCACUUGGAGUACUUCCCCUGUUAAUACACCGUUAUAAAAUAAGGCCUUUCUAUAGCAUUUUUUUUGCUUCCAUUGCGAUUCGCUGUGACUGUAAUUCAUUCACUUCAGACCAGUCAACGAAAGAAAUAUGCCUAUGGAUCAUAUCUUUUUGUCCCGUUCUGCCACAAAUUCUCCUACGACGGUUACUUUUUGCUUCGAAUUUACGCGAACGCGGCGCUAAGCAUACGGUAAGCAAUAUUUUUUUAAAAAAAAACGCUAAUUGUGAAGCGUUUUUUACGAAUCCAAAUUUUCAGAAAGCUCGACAUUUUUGAUGACUAA